GACCGACAAGGCCAGCGCCGCGGCCAGUUAGUUCUCGAUUCGCCGCGUCCGUGAAAUGCACAGAUAUACGCAGCCUUGUGUCCUGUUUGAAGCUCCGUACGGCACGACCCACACCUACCUCGACAUGGACCAUGACCUGGCCAAGUGUGUGAUCAAGCGCCGUGCGACCGAAUCGCGAUCGAUCGCCCGCGCCGCGGAAGAUUUUGGUCGCGAAAUCGAGACAACCCGCCUGCUCAACGCGAACGGGGGCCACCCGAACAUUGUUCGUAUGAUCGAACAUUUCACUGAGGACGGGUGUAGUCACCUCGUGCUCGAGUUUUGCAACGAAGGCGAUCUCCUCACGGUCCAGCAGCAAGUGCCGUCGGGUCGAUUUGACCUCGCUCGAGCCCUUGCCUACUUUCGCGAUAUCGUACGGGGCCUCCAAUUCAUGCACAAACACAACGUGGCCCACCGAGACUUGUCGCUCGAGAACAUUUUUGUCAAGGAUGGCCGGUGCAAGAUCGGCGACUUUGGUUUGAGCGUCGACGCGACCGUCCCAACCCGUGCAUCCGUUGGCAAGAUCAUGUACAUGGCUCCUGAAGUCGUCGAUGGACUCGAGUACGACCCGAAGGCCGCGGACAUUUGGUCCCUCGGCGUUGUCUUGUUCAUGAUGCUCACUGGCGUGCCGCUCUUUGACGUUGCGUCGGCCAAGGACAAGCUCUAUCGCGCGGUCACGCGCCAGGGCCUCGACCCGGUGCUGACAAUCUGCCAGAAGAAAGGAUUCCUCACCCCCGAAGUCUCUGAUCUCCUUGAAAAGAUGCUCGCGCUCAACCCGGACGACCGCCUCUUCGUUGACGAUAUCCUCGAGCAUGCAGCCAUGCUCGUGUAGACCGAUAGCCCCUUAUUUAAUCCACAUAGCUAUAAACCACCGACAGACAGCUCCAGUG